GUUCCUAGAAGAGGAUGGGUUAAAUGCAGAAGAAUUUCCCUAACGGGAUUAAUAAAGUACAGAAAAAAAAAAUUAUUAAGUGUGUUCGGCUCCUCCAGACACAGUGACAUUUUUAUUCAAGUGACAAAGUCAGAAGAUGUUUUUUUUUAAUCGUUUUACAUACAAUUUAAAAUGCCGUUGCUACCACGGUGCAAAUAGGUACAUCUUGACUGGCAGUGCACAUACAAGAAUUCCGAAAUUCCAAAAUGUCACCAUUUAGUAGAUUAAAGGCUUGUGUUUUUGUUUGAUUCUCAACAGAAUGCCCCUCACUUGUCAUUCUGUUGAAAGUUGGGCGACUUCUCCUUUUGCUCAUGCUUGGAUUUGUCUCGUGAAUCGUAAACAUAGUCUGAUGAAACUUUUUUUCAGGAGACACCUGAAUGUGCAACUGGAAGGUCACUGGUCCAAUCCCGGGAUGGGUAAAGGGCUGGGGUGCCCAUGAGCAAGGCACCCAGUCUCCCAUUGCUCCCUGGGCGCAGAAAAGUGCUGCCCACUGCUCCUACGACUGGUGUUCACUGCUCCUCAAAGAUGACUGUUAGGUGGCUGGCUCUCACCCUUCUCUGCUGCUUAUUGAACUGCGUGGACUCUCUGUCGCCAGUCGUUCAGAGGAAUAAAUAUAACAACUCCUUUCGUCUCACCAGGUCCACCCGAGGCCGCGUUCACCAGCUGCUGACGAAAUACAAGGAACAGCACUUGGGAAAUAAGCAUUUUGAGGACAGAGGCCGACAGCUGAAGGACCUGCCAUUACUUUCUACAGAUUUCUACAAAUGGCUAAAGCUGACGGACUGGCAGCGACUGCGCGCAGCUUUCGGGGACAUGCAGACUUACUGGAACAUGCUGGAUAGGAAGAGGAAACAGCUGGAGAAGGAGGACGAGCACAUGGCCGUCCACGACACUUUUCCUCAGAGCAUCAAGCACAUUCAGCUGGAUCUGAGGGAUCUGAUGACCCAAAUCAGCACUCAGAUGAGUUACAUCAAUAGAUCUUGGAAGAGAACCACUUCUCGUUUUAUACAACCUGUGGUGAACUCAGAAACCAGCUCCAAAACCACGUGGGACCACCGGGUGGAGGGUUACAUCAUUCUGCGGGAUCUAGACCUUUACCUCACCAAGCUGGCAAGAGACUUUCUACUGCUGGCUUCCAAAACACACUUAUGACUCACUGCUGAAAAAGAGCAACGUAACCACUGAUGACCAAAACCCGACAAAAAGAGAGAAGCUGAAAUGACAGCACUCAGCAGAAAAACAGCUGUGAUGAAUAAUCAAGAGUUGGCGGUGUGAUCAAAAACUUUACAUGGAGCAUUUUUUUUUUUUAUAACUCUGCCUCUUUUUUUUCCAUUGGUGUAUUUUAAUAUUUGAAGGCCUUCUUGGGUAUUCCCCACAGUUUCUGUCUUAUAGCUAACUGUAACUUAGCAAAAAAAAAAGAACAACGUAUUCCCAGCAUACUGCUCCCACCCCAGCUC